AUGGCAUACAUACACUUAAAACAACCGUACGGGUUCAAGACGAAACAGCUUCUCUUCACCAAACUAAUAGAUUUUAAAAGGUUAAAUCUGCCCAAAUGCUGUCACACAAACUACGCUUCUUCGUCUUCGCAUGGAUGGGUGUGUUCGUUGUCGUGUAUGGACGCGGCCGAAUGGUGGAUCCUCCUGGGAGAAGCACUAUCCCUGCUGAACGAUAAGCUAUCCCUGCUAAACGAUAAGCUAUCCCUGCUGAACGAUAAGCUAUCCCUGCUGAACGAUAAACUAUCCCUGCUGAACGAUCAGCUAUCCCUGCUGGACGAUAAACCAUCCCUGCUGAAAGAUAAGCUAUCCCUGCUGGCCGAUAAGCUAUCUCUGCAAAACGAUAAACUAUCCCUGCUGAACGAUCAGCUAUCCCUGCUGACCGAUAAGCUAUCCCUGCUGAACGAUAAGCUAUCUCUGCUAAACGAUAAGCUCUCCCUGCUAAACGAUAAGCUAUUCCUGCUGAACGAUAAGCUAUCCCUGCUGAACGAUAAACUAUCCCUGCUGAACGAUCAGCUAUCCCUGCUGGACGAUAAGCCAUCCCUGCUGAAAGAUAAGCUAUCCCUGCUGGACGAUAAGCUAUCUCUGCAAAACGAUAAACUAUCCCUGCUGAACGAUAAGCUAUCCCUGCUAAACGAUAAGCUAUCUCUGCUAAACGAUAAGCUAUCCCUGCUGAAGGAUAAGCUAUCCCUGCUGACCGAUAAGCUAUCCCUGCUAAACGAUAAGCUAUCUCUGCUAAACGAUAAACUAUCCCUGCUGAACGAUAAUCUAUCCCUGCUAAACGAUCAGCUAUCCUUGCUGAACGAUCAGCUAUCCCUGCUAACCGAUCAGCUAUCCCUGCUGAACGAUAAGCUUUCCCUGCUAAACGAUCAGCUAUCCCUCCUGAACGAUAAACUAUCCCUGCUAAACGUUAAGCUAUCCCUGCUGAAGGAUAAGCUAUCCCUGCUGAACGAUAAGCUUUCCCUGCUAAACGAUCAGCUAUCCCUUCUGAACGAUAAACUAUCCCUGCUAAACGAUAAGAUAUUCCUGCUGAACGAUAAGCUAUCCCUGCUGAACGAUAAGCUAUCCCUGCUAAACGAUAAGCUAUCCCUGCUGAAGGAUAAGCUAUCCCUGCUGGACGAUAAGGAACGAUAA